AGUCCAAAUGCCCCCCUCACAACUCAAGCGCCUCAAAGCCUCGCUCCGAGACCAAGGCAUAACGGGCCCUCAAAAAUCCAAAAAAGAGAAGAAGUCACAGAAUAAGAAUGCCUCGCACCACACGCAAAAAGCCUCCGCGCUCGCCUCGAUCCGCGAAUCCUUCAACCCAUUCGAAUUCAAGCACCUCUCGCGCCCCCAGAAAUUCGAAUACGCAACUACAAAUGCGAAACCCAAAGUGCUCGGACGCCCCGGCGUCACCAAGAGCGCGGGCGAGGAAACAAGACGGAAGACACUGCUGCCGGAGAUGAAUCGCAAGAACAAGACGGGCGGGAUCCUGGAUCGCCGAAUUGGCGAGAACGACCCGACGAUGAGUCUUGAGGAUCGCAUGAUGGCGCGGUUUGAGCGCGAGCAGCAGCGCAAGAGGGGCGGGAAUGUAUUUGAUCUGGAGGAUGGGGACGAGGAGGUGGAGCUUACGCACGGAGGGCAGACACUGAGGUUUGAUGAUGAGAUCGGGGAGGAGGAUUAUGAUGCUGCGAGUGUCAGUGGAAGUGAUCAUGAGGGCGAGGAUGGGUUCUUGAAGAAGAAGAGGAGGAGAGAUGAUGGUGAGGAGGGCGAUGCUGAGGUUGAGAAUGAGGAACAGCCUGAGAGGAAGAAGAGCAAGGCUGAGGUUAUGAAGGAGGUUAUUGCGAAGAGCAAGUUGCAUAAGUACGAGAGGCAGCAGGCGAAGGAGGAUGACGAGGAGUUGAGGGAGGAGCUUGACAAGGACUUGAACGAUGUUCUGGCUGCGCUGAGGGGUCAUAUCAACAAGAAGCCUGAACCUGAGAAGGUGAGGGAGGUGGCGCAGAACGACUUCGGUAUGAACGCCGAUCGAGCAGCGCUGCUUGCAACCAUGUCGCAGGAGGGCAAGGAUAAGGAAUAUGACCGCCGGGUGCGCGAGCUAUUCAACGACGAGCGAUCGAAGCCCACCGAGCGAACAAAGACGGCUGAGGAGAAGGCCAAAGAGGAGGCUGAUCGCUUGAAGGAGCUCGAGGAGAAGCGCCAGAAGCGCAUGAGGGGAGAGCCCAUCAGCGACGACGAGGAGCCCUCCAAGAAGCAGCAAGACGAGGACGAUGACGAGAAUAUGUCCGACAUCAAUGACGAUGCUGCUGAAUUUGGGCUUGCUGCACCACCAGCACCAGGGCAAAGCAGACCUGUUGGCGUCGAUGACGAGGAUGACUUCAUACUAGAGGACGACCUUGUUGCUACAGACUCAGAAGCUGAUAUCUCGGACGAAGAGUCGGAGAGUGGGGCUGAGGUGGACGACACAAUGGCCAUGGACGACGACGAUGCAGACUUUCUGAAGGACGUCGUAGAGCAGCCCAAAGCCCAGCCCAAGGCUGUGAAAGGCGUGCUCACGAUUGGUGCCGACACAUCUUCUUCGAGACUGGCGUACACAUACCCAUGUCCACGUUCGCAUGAGGAACUGCUGGAAGUCUUCAAAACGGUCGACCUCAAGGAUACCUCCACAGUCGUCCAAAGGAUACGAGCGCUGUACCACGCUGGUCUGAAGGAGGAUAACAAGCACAAGCUCGCUGACUUCGCGUGCGCACUUCUCGAUCACGUCUCGUACCUGUCAAACCAGACACCUGCAGCACCGUUGGCAGUCAUCGAGUCCGUCAUCCGUCACAUCCACUCCAUUUCCCGGUCAUACCCAGUGCAGAUUGCUACGCAGUUCCGCAAGCACCUCAAGGCAUUCCAGCUUUCCAACCAGCCGACUCCAGGAGACUUAGCGCUUCUCACAGCCAUUGGAUCGAUCUAUCCAACAUCUGACCACUUCCACCAAGUCGUCACACCCGCCGUGACACUGAUGGCGCGCUGGAUGGGCUUAACAACACCCUCAUCAGCCAACGAUAUCGCCACUGGUGCCUUCGUCGGUGCCUUGUGCCUACAAUACCAGACGCUCUCAAAACGCUACAUCCCCGAGUUCAUCCGCUAUACAUCGCUGUGCCUACGCUCUCCACACGCCACAAAACCCCUGCUAAGCGCACACACCCGCAACAUCCUCACCGCCGCAGACCUCUGGAGCGGCUCACCGGCCUUCAUCGAGAUCUUCACACCUUUACUGGCACCGCUAAAGAGCGCACACCAAACAUCCACAACACAAAACCUCCUGGCGCGUGUGAAUAAUGCGAAAUUGACUCGCCGCCCACAAGCACUGCACCACCACCGCCCCCUCCCCAUCCCCAGCCGCAUACCAAAAUUCGAAGAAUCCUUCGACCCGACGAAGCACUACGACGCGGACCGUGAGCGCUCCGACGCCACGAAGCUGCAGAAAGAGUACAAGCGGGAGAGGAAAGGAGCGAUGCGGGAGUUGCGCAAGGACGCGAAUUUCAUUGCCAGGGAGAAGCUCAGGGAGAAGAAGGAGAAAGAUGCGGCAUAUGAGGCCAAGUAUAAGAGGCUGGUGGCGGAGAUUCAGGGCGAGGAGGGGUAUGAGAAGAAUGUUUAUGAGAGGGAGAAGAGGAAGCGGAAGGGCAACUAGAAUCCGACGAAUGGGGGGUUUUCCCUGGUGGAG